AUGGGGAAGCUGGUGCGUACAAUUGUGAUCCUUUUUUCAAUGGUCAUGGCCACGGCAGCAGUUCAUGGCAUAGCCGAAGAUCCAAAAGCGGUUGAAAAGUGGUUCGAGAAGCUAACCCAUUUAAAACAAAAGUUAACAAAGUUUCACUUCUACUACCACGACAUACUCAGCGGGAAGAACCCGACUUCCGUUCAAGUCGCUGGAUUCAACGUCUCCGCAAAAUCACCCUUUUUGUUUGGCCUAAUCAACAUGUUUGAUGAUAAAUUGACACUCGGGCCUAACAUCACUUCAAAACAGCUGGGUCGGGCUCAGGGGAUAUAUGGGGCGUCUUCGUUGGAGGAAGUAAGUAAUUUUAUAACCAUGAAUUUGGUUUUCACUGAUGAAAAAUAUAACGGCAGCACUCUGGCUCUUCUAGGCCGCGACCCAGUUUUUGAUCGGUAUCGUGAGAUGUCGAUCGUCGGUGGUACCGGUUUUUUCCGACUCGCACAAGGAAUCGCUACCGCGAGUACUUAUUCCUUCAAUGCAACCCCGAAUAGUGCUGUGCUUGAGUUCCAUGUUAUAGUUAUUCAUUACUAA